CCAGGCAAAUUGUCAAGUGAUGCUGAUUAGAAUACGUUCUCUCAUUCCACUACUCAGCUCCAAUCUUACUUGCGGGCUGGGUUGUUUUGUUGACAUGUUGUGGAAUGUGGCUCUCAUGCAAAGCGAGAGAUUUCACUGGCCACAUACAGGAACGUUGAUCGACCCGCCACCCACUCUCAUUGGGCGAGAAUGCUGUGAAUGUUGUGGUACAAGAAGGAGUACAUUCUCCCAUUUCUUCCUUUCCUUCUUUACCAACUCUUGAUACUCGCUAUAGUCACUCUUUUAAACAAACACUCGAGUACUGCUUCGCUUUUGCACUUCUUUUACGACGUUCAUUUUUCUUCUUCUUUUCAACAACAGACAAAUAACAACAAACAAAAAGAAAGCAAGCAAGGAACGCAAAAUGAAACUCCUCAACCUCUUUCUCCUCGUCCCAGCAGCGACAGUAGCAGCAAUAUCCAGUUCCUGGAUCGCUCCAGCAAACGCAAGCAUAGCCUACGAAACCAUCACCACAACAGCCUUCACAACCUACUGCCCCGAAGCAACCGUCUUCGCGCACGGCAACGUCGUCUACACCGUCACCGAAGCCACCACGCUUGUUAUUACUGAUUGUCCUUGUACCAUUACUCGGCCAAUCCAAACCCUAACCCCAACAACCCUCCUCUACACCUCCUGCCCGCCCUCCCCCACCGCCGCACCGCCCAAUACCUGGUUCCCAUGGCAGCAAGGCCCGAACUCAGCCGCGACGACCGCGGGCGUGGUGUACACGCAGACGGUCACGAACGCGAAUGGAGGCCAGGUGACCGUUACGCAGACCGGGACGCCGACGCCGAGGGUUAAUGGCGGUGCCGCGGCGGGGACGGGUAGUGGUGUGGGGAGUGCUACCGGGGCGCAGUUUACGGGUGCUGCUGCUGGCAGGAAGGGAGCGGAGGUUUGGUUGGGAGGUUUGGCUGUUUUGGGGGCUUUGGCUUUGUGAAGAGGAGAGGGAUGGGAAGAGGAGGAGGGGAGGUGUAUAUUUUGCAUGCAUGCAUGCGUGGAUUGUGAGGGGAGGAAAGAGGGAAGGUAAUGUAUAAGGAAGAA